AUGGACACUGAUAAUGAUUUCUUGCCUUCCAAAGCCUUUGAUAUUUUUGAAGAUAUUGGAAGUUAUGAUCCUAAAGAAUCUCCAUCCAAUGGCUAUGAGUAUUUGUAUCAAGUUAUUUACGAAUCUUCCAAAGCCCCACAAACUUUAGUAGCCUCUAUAGAUACAGAAAAGUACAAAAAAAAUCAGACUUUCUACAUCCAGGAAACUAAGACUGAAACAAUUGAUAAAGGCUUCAUUCCUAAUGAUGAAUGGCAAGUUAAACAACUCCAACACUUUAAAGUAGUCAGGAAUUUAAUUGCAGAUAUGAGACAAAAUUGGAAAAAAAGAAAGAUUUCAGGAAAUGAUACUUCUGUUAAUUCAGUACCUGAAGAUUUAGGAAAGGAAGAUGAAUGGCUAAAAUUUUGUACAGAGACUCAGCCACUAUUAAGCAUAUUAUUCUCAAUUAAUCAAACAGGUUUGGACCAACUCUUAAAUUAUUAUUCGAUGUGGUUGCAGGAAAAUCUUAUGGAAUUUUCACAUAAAACUAGUAUGUGGCUAUUUUCCAUUUUGGCUUGUUUAGAAGAACCACUACCUCCAAAUAUCUGUGCCAAUAUUAGAAGUAUUAUAAGACAAACAGAUCUUGGAGAUUGA